GACACUUUGUUCAUACCCCCCCCCCCCCACAUUGCUCGUCAUUUUUUGUGGGCAGCGCUGAUAUAAUGAAAAGUCGAUAUUGCAAAAGACUUGCAUAUACGGGCUUCGUGUCUUGUUCUUGUUCUUAGUUUAUUGUCUUUAUUAUUCUUAUUUGCCACAGCAUGAAUGAAAACUUGCUUUUCAGUGUGCCGGAAAGCAGGAAAUUGUGAUCGGGGGGCAGGGGCACUUGAGCGGAAGAGACGUCAUCGCAGAUUAGCACGCCCGUCCCUCCCCCACGAACCCGCGUAUAUAUGGCGAUUGGAAGAGGACAUCGAAAAGAAAAUCAUAUCGGAAAACUCUUCUUCAACCAUAUUUGGACACUUAUAAUUACCCUGUUGCUCAACGACUUGUAUCCCUUACACUACCAAAAAUAAAGCUUCAAGAUGGAGACCACCUACCAAUACCUCGUCGCUCUUCUCACUGUCGCCGUUCUCAUGGCUGCAUCUGUGUAUGCCUACAAUGAGGGUUACAUGGAUCCUCUGAUUGAGAAAUUUGGCGUCUACUUCAUGAAGGCCGAGGCUGAGGCCGAGGCUAAGAAGAUGGAAGCUGAAGGCUUGAAGAGAGGAGAGGACUUUCUCGACUCCGAGUUGAAGGGCAACCAGCAGGCCGACGAGAUCGUGGCUGGCGUUGGCUCCUUCGGCAAGUUGAAGAAGAACCUUUAAGAACCUUUCUUUUCCAUGCAAAGAGGGCAGGGGGAGGCACAGACACGGCACGGCAGCCAUCCCAAAUUGUUCGGCAGAAGAACGGGUCGAUGCACGGCUGGCAAUCUUGCGGGAAGGAGGAAGGGAAGAGAUGGGGGGGGGGGUGUGUGAUUGUGUGGCAGUCAUGCUGAACGAAUCGCUUCAGCCGGCGGCGUUUUUUAGGCUUGAAAAAGGGACGUCGGCGGCUGAAACACGGAUCUUGCAGGUUGCAGGUGGCAGAUGCGUGUGUGUGUUUAUUUUUCGUGCCGUGUUGGUCGGCGGCGCAAUUCGGUUCUGCACGAGCGGGACAUUUCCCGAAGGGAGGCCCCGGGGGGAGGGGGGGUGUGUGUGCUGUAAUCAGCUAGACCUUGGCUUGUUUAGCUAGGAGGACAUGAAAUGAAAUGAAUGAUCAUGAU